AAACUGUUAUGGGCAAUGAUGAUUUUUGUUAGUCACUGGAAAUUCUAUCUUACUUUUUACCGCCUUCCACAGCUUGGUAUACUUCUUCUAGUUUGUCUUAUUCUAGCUGGGGCAUGGUUUGGAUAUUGGGGUGUUCGCAAGCUGGUUCUGACCGACGAGGGUCUAGUAGACACCGAUGUUGCCUAUUUUGUUAAAUGGGCAGCCCUAAUUUUUGCUGGCAUCAUGAUCCUUCAGAGCUCCUUGGAUGUUAGUCUGGCUGCUCAGGCGCUAGUUAUUUCUAUUAUAACAUCUGUUGUGUCAAGAACACAUAGGAAAUUGAAUUUCUCGAAUCGCUUGUUCAGGAUGAUCUUCAAAUUUGUUUAUACUAUUUUUACUACAAUUCAAUUCCCAAAUCCUACAAAGUACAAACGAUGGUUUCAGGAAUUCAAUUUCGCUCAAAACAAUUCAACUAAUAUAGGCAUGAGGAGACCCAAUAUCACAUUAGAAGGAGACAACUACUACUCUACCUUCCACAGGACACCAGAAAGGAAAAUAUUCAAUAAGGAUGAGUGGGAAACAUUCACUAGAGCAGAAACUAGAAAAGCUUUGAGGGAGUUAGUCUCUUCCCCUGAUUUCAGUAGAUGGGCUGCAAAUAAUGCCGAAAGAAUCACUCUGACCCCUCCACCUGAUGCCAGAAGAAUAAAAAAGCGUCGCCUUUUUGGAUGGUGGUCUUAGGCUUCAUUUGGGAUGACUUUCUUUCUGCUUCUUAAAACAGUUUUCGUGUAAAAAUUUAAAAAUUUUGUACUAGAAAGCUGCUUCAUGAAGUAGUAAAAAAAUCGUCCCAAACAAAACCUUAGUAUUUAUUUCAGAAUAAUCAGGUAAUGAUCAUGUAGCAAUUUGUUCCGAAUGUUUUAUAUGUAGGCUUUCUUCAUAUUCAUGUUUGUAGCCAUUUUUAACAUUGAAGAGCUCUUUUUUGGUGCUCUUUCACUUAGCUAGAUUGUUUGCCUAGAUCAUUGUAGUAAAAAGCUGUAGAAAAGAAAACAAAACGGUAAUAUGAGAACAGUAAUUGAAAUUGAUUCGUCUU